GAGGAGGAAGACGCGCUAUAUGCGUAAGGCACCGAGCGCGAGUGCCAGGAGCGUGUGCGAGAGAGUAGCCGGCUGAUAAACCGCCGGAGAACGAGAGAGAGACAGAGAGAGAGAGAGGACAGGGUGGCCGCCACGAGAGACCGAGAGUCGCCAAGAUGCAUCUCCACGGUGGUCUGAUGCUGCCGAUCCUAUUCAUCGUCGCUUCCUGCCCUUUGACGCUGCGCGCGCGAAAAGUCGCACCCUUGAUAGAGGACGACUGGGCGAGGAGGCCGCACCGGCCCGCCGAAUGCAUGUUCGGCAAGCAGAUUCGCGAGCUGGGCACGACAUGGUUUGCGGACCUGGGACCGCCCUUCGGGGUCAUGUAUUGCAUCAAAUGCGAAUGCAUUCCGGUGCAAAAGAAACGGCGGAUCAUCGCGAGAGUUCAAUGCCGCAACAUCAAGAACGAAUGCCCGAAAAUCACGUGCGACGAACCAGUUUUACUUCCGGGUCGCUGCUGCAAAUCCUGCCCCGGUGACUUCAACGCAGACAUCGCGCAGGACCUGCCGGCGCAAUUGACUUCGGAGGAAGAGGAGCGGAGCCUGAAACAUUUCGGCACCCUGUUGACGGGCAGGACGUCGCAGUCCCUGCGCCGCGACGAACCGAGUCCGACGUCGGUCUACAACAGCGCGUACAACUACCUGGCGACCGGGCGCUUCACGUUCCAUCGGAAGAAUAUCUACUAUUCGUUCUAUCUGUCGGCGUCGACACCGCGGCCGCGCAGCAUACAGUUCGUCGACGGGUCCGGCAGCAUCCUCGAGGAGCAGGUGAUCGAUCCGGUCGGCGGCGCUUAUCAGAACGCCACCGGCAAGCUCUGCGGCGUGUGGAGACGCGUGCCGCGCGACUAUCGCAAGUUGCUGCGCGAGGAACGGCUGCACGUGUCCUUCCUCUGGGAGCCCUCGUCGAGCCUGACCGGCCAGCUGUCGCGCUACCGCGCGCUGUCGACCGAGCAGUACUCCUCGCUCCUGGAGCCGGCGAUGGGCGUCGACCGGUCGUUGAUGUCCGGCGCGGGCGCGACAGCGAUCGUGUCCGCCUCGUCCGCCUCGGCGCCGUCGAUCCACGUGUCUCUCGUCUUCAACGGCCUCUUCCUGCCGAAUGACGUGGCUGAUAUUCCGCUGAUCGUUCAGCUGGAGCACCACGAGAAGGACUACGUGGUGCUCCGCGAGGAGAUAAUAGUGAGAAAGCCGUCGAACGAGCUGAAUUACGGCGAGGUCCGCAGCGCGAUCUCCGGGACCGACCUUCGUCUCUUGGCCCGCGGCAAGUUGACGAUCAGCAUAAUGUCCCGCAAGGAUCCGCAGGCUGUUAGGCUGAUAGGCACGGUCGGCCCGCGCGCGACCUGCGACAUGUAUCAGACGUUGCUGCUGUCGGAGACGCCGUCCAUGGCGUCCGGACUGGCCUGGGCCUUUCUGGACCGUAUCGGCGCGCUACGUUACGGAGUACAACUGAUAGGACUCGAAGAGGAGAGCCCCCUGGUGACCCUGGUGGACGAGGGGGGGAAGAGGAGGAUGGAACUCGAGGAUCUGACACCCUCGUUGGUCGGCGGUCUCGCGAACGGUUCUUUAGAUCGGCCCGGGCCAAGACUACUGCAGCCGCUCUUCAAUGAGGAGCUCUCCGUGGUCGCCGCCAGCCAUCUCGGCUCCAUGUUACGCGGCAGACUCCUGGAGAGACCCGUGGCGGACGCCAGAGACACGGCUGCGCCCGUGCUGCUGCGGAGAUUGAGCAAGGAGCCGACGCAUCCCGGACCGGUCGGUCUGAUAUGGACCGCGGUGGACCUGGACUGUUCCCUGCACUACGAGCUGGAGCUCGCCGGUUUCCCGCCCUCCUCGCAGGAACCACGGACGUUCCGUUUGUACUUGGAGACGAUGCCGAUGCUGGCGCAAGGGGCACCCGUCGCCAGGCGACUGCUCGAGGAGUUCACGGGAUACUCCCUGGAGGGUUCGGUUACCGGGCUGUCGCCGAUGGAGCUCUACAGGAUCGAGUCGGGCAUCGGUUACCUCGAGGUGACGGACAAGCAGGUCACCCACAUCCUGAAGGCCCCCUUCAAAGCCAGGGCGCCGUUCAGCUGCCUGCCGCACUACGCCGACAACGACGUUGCCUCCGUGGUGGCGUACAAUCUGCAGCCGCCCAGGCCGGAUAUCGAGACCGGCGCGUGCUUCCACGAGACCAGAUUCUACGAGGAGGGCACGCAGUGGACUUCGAGCUCGGACCCCUGCUCGAUGUGUCAUUGCUAUCGCGGCUUGGCGCAAUGCGACAUGGUACCAUGUCCGACAAUCUCUUGCGGCUUGGGGAAGCAACUCAAGCAACCGCCGAGCGGUCAUUGCUGCGUGAUAUGCGCAGAUCCGAUUGUCGAGACUAACGCUACGACCAGGAACAAUGCCACGAGAGGUUGCACGUUGGCGGGACAAUAUCACCUCGCGGGAUCAUCCUGGCAUCCGUAUCUACCGCCAGUAGGAUUCGACACUUGUGCAGUUUGUACCUGCGACGCUGACACGCUGGAGGUGAAAUGCCCGCGGGUGCAGUGCCCGCCGCUCGAGUGCGACGAGAAGAUCGCCUUCAGGCCGGACAAGAAGGCCUGCUGCAAGCAGUGCCCGGCGACGACGCCCCGCAGCAACGUAGCCACCACCGCGGCAAGCGAUGCCGUGCGGCUGCCGCGGGACCAGGCCCUGCCGUCGACGCGGCGCACCGCGGAGGAGAUACUCUCUUCUGGUGGCUGCAAGUACCCCCUAGGCGGGCCUUACGAGAACGGCAUAGAGUGGCAUCCCCGCUUGCACUCGCACGGCGAGAUGAAGUGCGUCAAGUGCCGCUGCAAGAACGGCGAGGUCAGGUGCGACCGGAAACGCUGUCCACGGUCGCUCUGCAACUCGAUCGCGCAUCAGAUGAAGCGCGGCGAGUACGUGGCGGACGCCGACGACUGCUGCACGGCGCAGUGCGAGCACCGCGCGAGGCGUCACCACCGCAACAACCAUCAUCCGGCGCGACGGCACUCCGUGACGCCGCGGGAGUUCAGCUGAGCCCGGUAGUU